AUGAUUGGAGCAGGCACCGUGCUCCACGCGACGUGCCACGUGCUGUCGGAGAUGGUCUCCGUACGAGGAGCCAGGAUCCCGGCGCAUUUGAACGCCUCGAUCCAGGGUCUCACCGGCUGCGCCGUUGUAGGAGCUUGGCAGCUCACGUUUACAACUUCCCAUUGGUCACGAAUAACGGAGCCGAUGGAUGAUGUUGGCACCACCUGGUUAGAAGCCUCCUUGCUUCUUGCUGCCGUGGCACUGGGAAACUUCGUUCAUGCUGGAACCUUCUUCUACCUCCUCACACGGGUCGGAGCCGUGUCCACGGGCGUGGCCAAGGCAUUACAGGGCGUCGCCGUUUUCGCGCUCUCCCACCUGCUGUACUGCAGGCAAGAUGCAUCGCAGUGCUUCUCUCCAGCGAAGGGCUUGUCACUGCUCAUCGUCACAGUCGGAGUCGUGAGCUAUGUAUUUGCGAGUGCCAGGAGCUCUGCCAAGCAGAGCCGCCACUCGUAG